AUGACGCGAACUGAGCCAAUCGCUAUCAUCGGCACAGGCUGCCGGCUCCCAGGAUCGGCCUCCUCACCCUCGCGCCUCUGGGAACUACUGGAGAAUCCGCGCAAUAUCGCGUCCAAGCCUCCUCCUGACCGCUUCAACGCAGAUGCCUACUACCAAGCUGGCAAGGUCCGCCCCGGGAUGAUGGUUGCUCCCGAGUCCUACUUUCUCCAGGAAGAUGUCCGGACGUUUGAUGCCCCUUUUUUCAGGAUCUCCCCUUCGGAGGCCGCAUCAAUGGACCCUCAGCAGCGAUUACUCAUGGAAGUGGUGUAUGAAUCUCUCGAAAGGGCCGGGCUGCCACUGCAACACCUGCAGGGCUCAUCCACGGGAGUUUAUUGUGGCUCUAUGAGCAACGAUUACCUUUCACUUCUCGGUGCAGAUGUAGACCUGCUGCGCCCUUUUUCAACCACUGGUACAACAGCCUCGGUUCUUGCCAAUCGAAUCUCUUACUUCUUCGAUUGGCAUGGGCCCUCAUUUGUCCUGGAUACGGCAUGCUCCUCGAGCUUAGUAGCACUGCAUCUGGCGUCGGAGGCUUUACACAAUGGUGACUGCUCACUCGCGGUUGUUGUGGGCAGCAACUUGAUCCUCUCCCCAAACGCAUAUAUCUGGGAGUCUCAGAUGCAGAUGGUAUCACCGACAGGGCGCUGUCGGAUGUGGGAUGCUCACGCGGAUGGCUAUGCCCGAGGUGAAGGGGUGGCCUCGCUCGUGCUGAAACGCCUGCAGGACGCAAUUGCUGAUGGUGACCCUAUUGAAUGUAUUAUUCGCUCUACUGGUGUAAACUCUGACGGUCGUACUGACGGACUGACCAUGCCAAAUGGUGAGGCACAGCGGGAUCUCAUUCGCUCAACAUAUGCGCGCGCUGGUCUCAACCCCCUUCGCCGGGAAGACCGCUGCCAAUUUUUCGAAGCCCAUGGGACAGGCACGCUAGCGGGUGAUCCGCAAGAGGCAUUUGGGAUUUCCUCUGCUUUUUUCGACGAUGAAUCCCAUCCCGACGACAAAAUAUACGUGGGCUCCAUUAAAAGCGUCGCAGGCCAUGCAGAAGGCACAGCAGGUAUUGCAGGGGUUCUCAAGGCGUCACUGGCCAUCCAACAUGGUGUUAUACCGCCCAACCUACUCUUCAACGAACUCAGCCCCCUAGUGGCUCCAUACACCUCUCAUCUUCAAGUCCCAACCAAAGCUCUUCCCUGGCCAGAUCUUCCAUCCGGGUCUCCACGACGGGUGUCGGUCAACUCAUUUGGAUUUGGGGGUGCCAAUGCGCACGUCAUUCUGGAGAGCUUUAGUGGAGUUCCCUCAUUAUCAUCAGAUUGCGAGCUUGUAACACCAGAAAUACUUCCAUUCGUGUUUUCAGCUGCAUCUGAAGUCUCUCUCACCGCAGUCCUACGACAUUACGUUAGGUACUUGGAGGAGCACCCUACAGUGAACCUACUGGAACUAGCCGCUUCUCUCCUCAAAAAGCGAUCCAUCUUGAGUCAUCGCCUAAUUCUUACUGCAGACACAAUUGAAAGCCUUCGGGAGGCCCUACACAGUGAGUUGCAACGACGCUCUGCUGAUACGUCGUCAACCAUCACACGACGACUCACUCCUGGGCCAAAGAAGAUAUUAGGUGUUUUUACGGGUCAAGGCGCACAAUGGCCACAGAUGAGCUUAGAUGUUAUCUCCCAAUCCCCACAGGCUCAGAUGUGGAUGAAAGAGCUGCAGCAGGCCCUGGAUACUCUUCCGGCAGAGUACAAACCGACUUUUACUCUUUUAGAUGAACUAUCCGCUCCCGAGGCAACCUCUCGGCUCAACUCGGCGGCAAUUUCGCUACCACUACGCACAGCACUGCAAAUUAUUCAGGUCAAUAUUCUAAAAUCACUGGGGAUAGAAUUCGCGGCAGUUGUUGGGCACUCAUCCGGUGAAAUCGGUGCAGCUUAUGCGGCAGGUUGGCUGACCCUAGAAGACGCCAUUCGGAUCGCCUAUUUGCGAGGAGUGGCGGCACAGCAUGCUGGGUCUCAGGGAAAGUCUGGUGCUAUGCUGGCAGUUAGUGCAACGUGGGAUCAGGCCGACGCCAUGCGUAGCGAAGCGGCCUAUUCUGGUACCGUUGUCGUGGCUGCCUUCAAUUCUCCUACUAGUGUGACUUUCUCAGGCGACAGUGAUUUAAUCACUGAGCUGGAGUGGGUCAUAGAGAGUCUCGGCUAUUCUGCACGGCGUUUGCGUGUCGAUACGGCCUAUCACUCUAGCCAUAUGAUCCCCUGUGCUGAUCCAUAUGUUCAGUCUAUGAAACAGUGCCAGAUUCAGGCACGUCAAGGCUUGGCCCGCACUAAAUGGUUUUCCAGUGUAUUCGAGGACCAAGUUAUGGAGAAUCUCGAUCUCCAGUACUGGAGCGAUAAUAUGCUUCGCCCUGUGCUCUUUUCCCAGGCAUUGUCAGCUGCUAUAAGAGAUCUCCCCGAGCUGGAUGCCAUUAUAGAAGUGGGACCCCAUGCUGCUCUUCAGGGGCCCACCAUGCAAACCUUGUCAGCCAUCAAACCUGAGGCCGAUGUCCCUUACGUCGGAAUGGCUAAUCGCAAGUCUGGUGGUAUCGAAGCCUUGGCACUCGCCGUGGGCUCGUUCUGGGCGAAUCUAGGAGCCCAAAAUUUGGAUAUUUUAUCAUACAUCCGGCUCUUUUCGCCGUCUAUGAAGUUGAACUAUUUGACUGAUCUUCCCACUUAUCCAUUCGACCACAGCCAAAGGUACUGGGCCGUCCCACGUCUAUCCAGUGCGCGCAUCAAUCGUCGACAUCCCAUUCACCCCCUCCUUGGCGCCCUCACCCCUGAGACUGGGGACGCAGAAUGGCGCUGGCGUAACUUCCUGCGGGUACAGGACUUGGAAUGGAUGGACGGACACCAAGUUCAAUCCCAAGUUGUGUUUCCCGCUACAGGGUACCUCGUCAUGGCUCUAGAGGCGGCUCGUAUUGUCGCGGAUGAACGACUGCUCCAACUUGUCGAGAUACACGAACUUACCAUUGAUCGUGCGAUUACCAUACCCGACAAUCCCACUGGCGUUGAGACGCUAUUUACCCUCUAUGAGACAAGCAGUAAUGGUCACAAAAUGACUGGCAUGUUCACAUGCCAAUCGAGCCUCGACGCUGAUACCUUUAGCUGUUGUGCAUCGGGUCGCCUGGAGAUUACAUUCGGCGAGCCAGAUGCGACACUUCUGCCACCAAUGGAUCCGACAGUUCCUGAUCUUCGCUCGGUGGAUUCGGAAGACUUCUAUCAGAAAUUAGCAGAGCUGGGGUAUGGUUACUCAGGCAUCUUCCGUACACUUCAGGACAUCCGGCGUCGGAAGGACAUUGCAAUUGCCAGACUACCAACCCUCGAUGUGGGCUCGACGUUUUUAAUUCACCCCGCUACGCUGGACACUGGCCUUCAGGCCAUGAUGGCGGCAAUUGGUGAUCCUCAUGACGGUCAGAUAUCCGGGCUGUAUCUCCCCACUAGGAUUGCUAAUGCUACAUUCAAUCCGUCUUCCCACAACGUUGGCAGCGGAGAAGCUUCCCGUGGCCCCUACGACGUAGUGGCCACCUUGUCCUGGGCGGAUUCCUCAGGGCCGCGAGGUGAUAUCGACCUGUUUGACAAGGAAGGUCAUGGGGUAGUCCAAAUAGAAGGCGUUGAAAUCACACCCCUCACACGGCCCACUAUGGAUGGUAUCAAAAUAUUCGGGGAACGGACGUGGGGCCCUUGGCUACCCGAUGCGACGCUCUCCGGCCCCUGGGGGGUUCCAGGCAGUGCGAUAGACCUCCACCGCCUAGGUUUGCAGUAUUUGAGAAAAACACAACAGCAACUGACGCCAGAGGAUCGUCAGCAACUGGACUGGCACCGGGGCCGCUAUGUAGCCUGGAUGGACCGAAUGUUGGACAGGGUGCGCUCUGGUGAUCAUCCCAGCUAUCUUCCUCAAUGGCUCGAUGACGAUGAUACCUCAUUUCUCACGCCCGAAUUCAAGCAUGCCGUUAAAGAUCAUUUGGCGUGUUUGGAAGUUGCGGGACCGAAACUAAUAGAGUGGCUGCGAGGUCAAACGAGCAUCAUGGAAGAGCUUCGCCGCGAUGAUCUUUUGACUCGGUUCUAUCAGGAUUACGCAUUUCAGGCGAUGACCCGCAGUCUCGCUGACGUUGUGAGUCAGUUAGCCUUCCGAUUUCCUCGCAUGAAAAUACUCGAAGUCGGCGCUGGCACAGGAUCGGCGACACGGGAGGUGAUCAAUCGAAUUGGACGAGACUAUCAUUCAUACACCUACACCGACAUCUCUGCAGCCUUCUUUGAGGCGGCCGAAAGUACUUUUGUGGCGAAUAAUGAUCGCUUCAUCUACCAGGUUUUGAAUCUCGAGCAGGAUCCGACAGAGCAGGGCUUUCCCGAGCACGCGUACGACUUAAUUAUUGCGAGUAACGUUCUCCACGCCACCACUUCCUUAUCCAAGACCAUGGCCCAUGUUCGACGGUUAUUGAAACCUGGCGGUCGCGUUGUUGUUAUGGAGCUUAUUGAUCCCGAAGACGUCGUCGUUUCGCUCAUUUUUGGCGGGUUUGAAGGAUGGUGGUUAGGAGAAAAUGACGGUCGCCCCUGGGGGCCCAUGGUCUCCCUCGACACCUGGGACGAGGUGCUCCGAAACGCGGGUUUCGGGGGGUUGGAAACAUUUUCUUCUCCGGAAGUCAGAGAACAGAUGGGACUUUCGGUGUUUAGCGCUCAGGCCGUGGAUGAUCACAUCUCGAAGUUGCAACAACCGCUGUCGGUGCCCGCCACGGGACAGUACUCAGAUCUUAUCCUACUCGGGGGUGCCUCUUCACGCACAGAACGUCUGGUCGCAGGAGUCCGGGAUCUUGUGGCACCCUUCUUCAUUCGUAUCAGCCAUUCGGUCACGCUUGAAGACUUCGUCCCUCCAGCCGAUGCAUCUUUGGUGUCUGUUUUGGUUUUGUCCGACAUAGACACCCCUUGUUUGCAAGGGAUAUCUGCGAACCGUCUCCACAGCCUACAGGCACUGUUUGGCGUAUCUGGAAAGCUUCUUUGGGUUGCGACUGGAGAACCCGGCGAGGAACCAUAUCAGGCCAUGACCAAAGGGAUUCUACGCUGUUUGUCCUAUGAGAUUCCACAUGCUCUACUCCAGCACCUCACCAUCGGUGACCCGGAUACGAUUGACCCUAGUAUCCUAGCCACUGCACUCAUGCGGCUUGUUCAUACGAAUGUCUAUAAUGAUUAUAGCCUCCCGGACUGCACGGAGAAUCCUGAAUGGGAACUUCGACUCGAAAACGGCAUGAUGAUGAUCCCUCGGGUGAAGGCCAGUCCCACGAUGAACCGGCGACUCCUUACCAGUCGUGGUUUUCCCAGUAAAGAGCAUGUCGAACCCAAGCUGACGCCUGUGAACGUCAUUCCUGAUAAGGCGGAACGCGCCUUAGUCUCUUUGCCCCAACGGGCAAUUCCAGGCCAGACGUUCCAUGCUCAUGAUAACGAGAUUGUCUACAUUCGGGUGCACUAUGCCACUAUUUCCACGGUCUACGUCGAGUCUGCUGGCUUUACAUACCUGGUUCUUGGACAAAACCAGAAAACUCGCACGCGAGUUGUGGGAUUGUCGGUCAGCCACGCCUCAGUCGUUUCCACCCCAGCAUCCUGGUGUUGGAACGCUCCAAGCUGGCUACCAGAAAAUCAUGAAGCAGCAUAUUUGAACGAAGUGGCUACAGCCCUGGUUGCCCGUAAUCUGGUUAAUAAUACCCCAUCCAAUACCGUUCUUCUUCUGGACGAAGCUGCCGCAUCCCUUCAAGAAUCGGUGGCUGCAAUGGCCUCCAUGAAAGGGGUCAGAGUACGGUAUACUACAAGCACUGAGGUCGCCCGAAAAGGUUCAACCACGCUUUUCAUUCCACCGCGUAGCUCAUCACGUGCAAUCUCGCGCCUGUUGCCUGCUGGGGUCUCGGUUUUCGCGAGUUUGAGGUCUGAAACAGACAGUACCAUUGCCCGAAUCAAGUCGUCGUUGUCUCCCGCAGUGACGAUCUAUGAUUUGCACACACUCUAUGGUGGCUCGCCAGUCUCAAGGCCAGAAGGCGAAGGGGAAUUUUGCACAGAUAACCUGGCAACAUCCUGCCUUUUUGCGGAACAGCAAGUUGGCUUGCGGCCCACUGUUACCACGAUCAAUCCAGAGGACGUUCCAUCAUACUCGCUGGGCAGUGACCAGUCCAUCAUCGUUGACUGGCUGCAUUCAGGGCCUGUGGCAGCGUAUCCCUUAUCGGCUAGCUCUCUAGUGACCUUGAGCGCCCACAAGACCUAUCUGUUAGUCGGGAUGACGGGCGAUGUUGGGCGAUCGGUAUGCCAGUGGAUGAUUAGCCGUGGGGCCCGCUACUUGGUUUUAACCAGUCGAAAUCCGAGCAUCGAUCCCCGCUGGGUUGAAGAGAUGUCGGCCCUCGGAGCACACGUCGUUGUCAAGGCCAUGGACGUCUCGGAUCGUACCUCUGUUUUGCAUGUACACAACUACAUCCUGGCAGAACUCCCACCAGUUGGAGGUGUUAUAAACGGUGCGAUGGUCCUCCGGGAUAUCGCCUUUGCCAACGCGUCUCUGGAAGACGUGAAAACUGUUCUGGGGCCCAAAGUCGAGGGCAGUCAGAUAUUGAAUGAACUCUAUCAGGAUGAAAAUCUGGAUUUCUUCAUCUUGAUGGGGUCCUAUGCCGGUCUAGCUGGUAACUUCAACCAGUCUAUAUACGCCGCCACGGCGGUGUUCAUGGAGGAUCUCGUGCUCCAGCGACGGCGCCGUGGUCAUGUCGGCAGCAUUGUCAUUCCAGCUGAAGUGCGCGGUAUCGGGUAUGUUGCGCGCAUGGGAUCGCAGACUAUUGGCCACCUGGCCAAAACUAUUGGCAAGUCGAUAUUGUCUGAGCGUGACCUAUUGGAACAGUUUGCGGAGGCGAUUCUGGCCGGUCGGCCUGACUCUGGCCAGGACCCAGCAAUUAUCUGCGGUCUUGCUUUGACCGAUCCAGAAGAAUACCCCGACGUGAUAUGGUUCAAAAACCCCAGUCUGUGGUCGUACGUCCAGUAUUCUCGACAAUCGGAGGUUCGUGAGGGCAAGCAGGAACAAAUCCCCAUCAAGACGCAGCUGCAGUCCGCAAGCAGCUUAACAGAAGCGGCCAAUAUCAUUGCUACAGGUUUCUCUAAGAAGCUUGAGCGCAAGCUACAAUUGCCUCCGGAUUCGGACCUACCUGGAACGACCCUAUUAUCUGACUUCGGUAUAGACUCACUCAUCGCGGUCGAUCUGCGGGUCUGGUUUGUCAAGGAGUUGGGUGUGGAUAUGCCGGUGCUAAAGCUGCUAGGAGGGUUGUCCAUCGAUGCCCUGGCGCGAGAUGCGGCAGGACAGCUGGACCCAGCACUGCUGCCGCAGGUUCAGGCAUAG